GAACGUAGUUUACAGCUUCAAGCCUUGUUUACAAAUAAUUAACCCAAACUUGUUGUGGUUACUUUAAACUUAUAAAAACUAAUUAAUUGAAAUUAUAAAUACCUUAAUUAAAUAAAAUUGAUUCAAAUCAAAGAUGAAAUUGAUUGCCUUUAUCUGCUGCGGUCUGGCAUUCACCAUAGCGCAAUUGUUGGCUGCUGUGGAGGGGCAGGCUUUUGGUCAUUUGUUUCAUCCUGCAACUGAAGUACAUCAGAAAGAAGAAAAACAGGAUCUAACGAAAAUACCCGGAGUUGCAGGUGUGGAUUAUCCAAUAUAUCAUGAAGUACCGGCGACAAACUUUCAUUGUGCUAAUGUUCCAGCAGUACCUGGUAUGUAUGCAAAUGUAGAAACUGGAUGUCAGGCAUAUCAUGUGUGUCAUGAUGGCCGUGAAGGUCAUCAAGGAGCUUCAUUUCUUUGCACUAAUGGAACGAUAUUUAAUCAAAAGGAAUUUUCAUGCGAUUGGUGGUAUAAUGUGAAAUGUGAAGAAGCUCUGAAUUAUUAUCACUUGAAUGCUGACCCCGAACACAACCCCUACAUACCGAAAAAGAAACAAAUAGAAAAUCAUCAAGAUGGCUUUUUAAUUCACGCCUAAUUUUCAAAUGGAUAUUUUUAAUUUUUGGAUUAACACAUUUAAUAUUAGUAACGUAAUAUC